GACGCCAAAAUGCAGCUCGACAACGCCCAGGAGACCGUGGAGUUGAUCAAGCAUGGGGAAAUUGACGAGUCUCUUUACAGCCGGCAACUAUAUGUCCUCGGACAUGAAGCCAUGAAGCGCAUGGGAUCGUCAAACGUCCUCGUUGCUGGUCUGAAGGGUCUUGGUGUCGAAAUCGCCAAGAACAUUGCCCUUGCAGGUGUUAAAUCGCUCACCUUGUUCGACCCAAACCCUGUCGCCAUCGCCGACCUAUCCUCACAGUUCUUCCUCCAGCCACAAGAUGUUGGCAAGCGCCGUGUAGACGUCACGGCACCCCGCGUCUCUGAACUCAACUCAUAUGUCCCUAUUUCGCCUUUUGAGUCAGAUAGUCUCACAGCCGACCUAUCCCAGCUUAAACGCUUCCAAGUCGUCGUUCUCACCAAUACGCCACUCAAAGACCAACUUGUGAUUGCAGAAUUCUGUCACAACAAUGGAAUAUACGUUGUCGUUGCGGAUACAUUCGGUCUGUUUGGAUAUAUUUUCAAUGAUUUCGGCAAGAACUUCACCGUCGGUGACGCCUCUGGUGAAGAUCCCGUUAGUGGUAUUGUGGCCGAUAUUGAUGACACUGGGCUCGUCUCUGCCUUGGACGAAAGCCGACAUGGUCUGGAAGACGGUGACUAUGUCACAUUCACUGAGAUCAAGGGAAUGGAAGGCCUUAACAACGCUGAUCCUCGCAAGGUGACCGUCAAAGGCCCCUAUUCAUUUUCUAUCGGGGAUGUUUCUGGACUCGGCAAGUACCAAGGCGGAGGCCUCUUCAAUCAAGUUAAGAUGCCAAAAUUCCUCGACUUCCAGCCGCUGCAAGAGCAGAUCAAGAAACCAGAACUUCUUAUUUCCGAUUUUGCCAAGUUUGACCGUCCUCAACAAUUGCACGUCGGUGUACAGGCUCUCCACCACUUUGCUGAGGCUCAUGGUGGCCAAUUCCCUCGUCCUCAUCACGAAGCCGAUGCCGAUGAAGUUCUUAAAAUUGCUAAAGAUUUGGCCGGCCAAGGUGAGGAGACAGUUGAGCUGGACGACAAGCUCAUCAAGGAACUCAGCUACCAGGCGCAGGGAGAUCUCAACCCACUUGCUGCUUUCUUCGGUGGACUUGCGGCUCAAGAAGUGCUAAAGGGUGUCUCUGGAAAAUUCCACCCUGUUGUCCAGUGGCUGUACUUUGAUUCCUUGGAGUCUUUGCCUGAAUCUGUUACCCGCUCGGAGGAAACCUGCAAGCCCCUUGGCACUCGUUACGAUGGCCAGAUUGCCGUCUUUGGGAAGGAGUUCCAGGACAAGAUUAGCAACCUCAACACAUUUUUGGUCGGAGCAGGUGCCAUCGGUUGUGAAAUGCUCAAGAACUGGGCGAUGAUUGGUCUUGGAGUUGGACCAAAGGGCCAGAUUCGAGUGACCGAUAUGGAUCAGAUCGAGAAGAGCAAUCUUAACCGUCAAUUCUUGUUCCGCCCUAAGGAUGUUGGCAAGCUCAAGAGUGACUGCGCUUCUGCUGCCGUUCAAACAAUGAAUCCGGAACUGAACAACAAAAUAAUUACACUUCGAGACCGUGUGGGUGCUGAUACGGAGCAUAUUUUCAACGAAGAUUUCUGGGAUGGAUUGGAUCUUGUGACCAACGCAUUGGACAAUGUUGAUGCUAGAACCUACGUCGACCGCCGUUGUGUCUUUUUCCGCAAGCCUCUACUUGAGAGUGGAACACUGGGCACCAAGGGCAACACGCAGGUGGUCCUGCCUCACAUUACGGAAUCAUACUCUAGUUCUCAGGACCCACCUGAGAAAUCGUUCCCCAUGUGCACUUUGAAGAGUUUCCCCAACCGCAUUGAACACACGAUCGCCUGGGCUCGCGACUUGUUCCAGACGUACUUUGUUGGCCCUCCGGAGGCUGUCAACCGUUACCUCUCAGAGACAAACUACAUAGAGCAGACCCUGAAGCAGGCAGGCAACGAAAAGCAGACGCUCGAACAUUUGCGGGAUUUCUUGGUUACGGACAAGCCUCUAAGCUUCGAUGACUGCAUUGUCUGGGCUCGCAAUCAAUUCGAGUCUCAGUACAAUAAUGCGAUCCAACAGUUGCUUUACAACUUUCCACGCGACUCCACAACCUCCUCGGGUCAAUUAUUCUGGUCCGGUCCUAAGCGUGCUCCGACUCCUCUUAAAUUUGACAGUUCCAGUGCUACCCAUUUGUCUUUUAUUAUUGCCGCGGCCAACCUGCAUGCGUUCAACUACGGCAUCAAGGCCCCCACCAAUGACAAGGAUUACGUCAGGAAAGUGGUGGAUAACAUGAUCAUCCCGGAAUUCACACCUAGUUCCAGCGUGAAGAUCCAGGCUGAUGACAACGAGCCCGAUCCAAAUGCUCAGCCGUCGGGAUCUUCACUCAACGAUGGCGAAGAGAUUCAGAACCUCGUGGACUCGUUGCCGUUACCAAAGUCCUUGGCUGGAUUCCGUCUUGUCCCCGUGGAGUUCGAAAAGGAUGAUGACACCAACUUCCACAUCGACUUUAUCACUGCGGCCAGUAACUUGCGUGCAGAGAACUACGAGAUCCCACAAGCGGAUCGACACAAGACCAAGUUUAUUGCUGGAAAGAUCAUUCCUGCGAUUGCAACAACCACUGCCCUUGUUACUGGACUGGUCGUUCUCGAACUGUACAAGAUCAUUGAUGGCAAGAAGGAUAUCGAGCAAUAUAAGAAUGGCUUUAUCAACUUGGCACUUCCGUUCUUUGGGUUCAGUGAACCGAUCGCAAGCCCCAAGGGCACAUACCAGGGCAAGAAUGGCGAGAUUACGAUUGACAAGCUUUGGGACCGAUUUGAGGUGGACGACAUUCCGCUGCAGGACUUUUUGAAGCACUUCUCCGACCUUGGUCUGGAUGUGACCAUGGUCAGCUCUGGAGUCAGUCUGCUCUACGCCAGCUUCUACCCGCCUUCAAAACUCAAGGACCGCCUGCCGCUGAAGAUGACCAAAUUAAUAGAGCACAUCAGUAAAAAACCAGUUCCCGAGCACCAGAAGAACGUCAUAUUCGAGGUCACCGCGGAGGAUCAGACCGAGGAAGAUGUCGAGAUUCCAUAUGUGAUGACUGGAAACAAACGCUCCAUCACCGACUGGGUCGCGCGCAACGACAAGUCCGGCGAAUUCAAGCGCGGCGCCUCGCAGUUUCGCAACUUCAUCUCGCGCGAGCCUGGCGCAGAGUUUCCGCCGGAAAAGGGUCGGUAUCAUUUGUAUGUGUCGUAUGCGUGUCCAUGGGCUCAUCGUACCUUGAUUACGCGGAAGCUCAAGGGAUUGGAGGAUUUUAUUGCUGUUACCUCGGUGCACUGGCAAAUGGGCGAGAAAGGAUGGCGCUUUGUCACAGCGGACGAAAACCUCCCAGGCGAAGAUGUGCAUCCGGACCCUCUGCAUCCUGGAUACACGCAUCUCCGCGACAUUUACUUUGCUGUUGACCCAGAGUAUACAGGACGGUUUACUGUGCCGACUCUGUACGAUACCAAGAGCAAGCGCAUCGUCAGCAACGAGAGCUCAGAAAUAAUUCGCAUGUUCUACUACGAAUUCGACAGCCUGCUACCCGAAAAAUACCAAAAACUCGACCUCUUCCCCGCCGCGCUGCGGUCCGAGAUUGAAGCAUCCAACGACUGGAUCUACAACGACGUCAACAACGGCGUGUACAAAUCCGGCUUCGCAACCACCCAAGAAGCAUACGAAAAGGCCGUGACGGCGCUGUUUGCCGCACUCGACAAGAUCGAAACACACCUGGCGUCUCGUGCUGCCAGCAGCAGCAGCCCAACGUAUUUUAGCGACGGCAUCACUGAAGCUGAUAUCCGCCUGUUUACAACCAUCAUCCGCUUCGACGCGGUGUACGUGCAGCAUUUCAAGACAAAUCUGCGCGAUAUUCGAUCGGGGUAUCCGGCGAUUCACAAGUGGUUGCGCCAUUUGUACUGGGAUGUGCCUGCGUUCAGGGAGACCACGCAGUUUGAGCAUAUCAAGAAACACUAUACAAAAUCGCAUACGCACAUUAAUCAGUUUGGGAUUACCCCGUUGGGGCCCGUGCCGGAUAUUUUGCCAAAGGAUAAGGAGGUUAAUGCGGUGGGGAAGUAG